GGACACACGUAACCUUGGAAACAAGUUCCUUCACCGGAUUGUAAUACAUGUGCAAGAAUUGCAAAAUAAACUUUGCAGUUUGUUGGUUUGAGACAUUCACUCUUAAGUCCUAGGCUGUUUACAACGAAAGUGUUAGUUCAGUGCUGUAUCCAGAAACAUGUCUCUACCAUUUCGCUUUACACCCAAAUCAAUAAUUGCAGAUGGGCGAACUACCCAGUCCCAUAUAGAUACUAUCAAAAAUUGGCUGAAUGCAACAACAUUACCACAGCUUCAAGAAGAAUUCAUUACUUUGUUUCUUAUAUCUUGUAACAAUGACAUUGAUGCCACAAAGGGCACCAUUGAAGGUUACUUUAAAAUAAAAAAAGGGGCCCCACAGAUUUUUGACAACUGUAAUUUGGAUAGUGAAGAGUUGAAAAAUAUUCAAAAAGUGAUAGGUAUUUAUGUGGCCCCUACAAGAAUGGAUAAUAACACUGCUGUAAUUUGCGCAAAAAUGAUGGACACUAAUUAUCGUCAUUGUGAUAUUGUAUCAGCAAUGAAACUAGCUGUUAUGCAUGCUCAUUUUAUGCAGAUAGAUGACCCACCAAAUGAAUUAGUUAUAAUAUUUGAUAUGGAGGGGAUUGGAUUUAUGCACUUGACGUGCCUUAGAAUGUCUAGCGUGAUUUCGUAUUUGAAGUAUGUGCAAGACGGUGUACCACUAAAAAUCCGCGACGUUCACAUUCUAAACUGUAAUUAUGUGUUCGACAGAGCCAUUGACCUCUUUAAAAUGUUCAUCAAGAGUGAACUGAUGAAAAUUGUGCGAUCGUAUCCUCCGGGUAUGAAUAUGGAAACGUUUCGGAAAGAGUGGGUGCCGUCAUCAUGUUUACCCAAAGAAUAUGGAGGUGAUUUGCCCGAAUUUGAUAGCUUAAUAAGUGUAACAGCGAAGCAGUUAAAAACGAUGCAACCGUUUUUUGACGAGGAGGAAAAGCUUAGAAACGGUCACAAUAGUUUGUUUAUAAAAUAAUAAAUAGUGUCAUUAUUGUUUUAAGGCGGUUUACAAAAGUUCAGAACUAUUACUAUUGUGUAAAUUAAUGUACGUAUGAAGCCAUAUCAUUUUUGAUUGGAUUGAUUUGGAAAGAAUCUUACGUCAAUCCGUGGAGGUAGGGUACCUCAUGCGUCAAUCUAUAACAAGUUUUUGUAUCAGACCAGCUUUAGGCGGGCCUGCUGGCCAAGUUUUGUUUUCUUUUGGAUACCAAUAGAUAGUAAACACGAUUAUCAGUUGCGGAAUCAAGGACUGUACAAAAACGAAACCGCUGGAAUUAAACAAUUAGUUAUUACACAAUAAAGGGAACAGCUGUGAAUUUAAAUAAAUAAAUGAGUAAAAAAGGUUUGCCCUGAGUUGAAAUUUCUUCUUGCUUUAACCCACAGGUUUAUAGGGCAACGAAGGCCACAUCCAGGAUGUCAUAUAAUUAUUGUAAAUCAAAAUAUGCCAAGACAAAAUUUGUAAAUAACAAUUUAUCGUUUAGGUUGUACUCUUGUUAAAAUUAUUAAAUAGUUGUAACACAUA